ACCGUACCCUAUACCGUACAAAAAAAAGCGCAAGCAGCACAUUGGUGAAUAAGCCAGGCUAAGUUCGAUAAGUCGCCUGUUAAACCUCUAAUCAAAGAUUGUAGGUAUGGAGAUUUGAAUGAGUUUGAAAAAAGUUAUAACAAUCAUCAUGAAUCUUGUAACAGAAUCUAAAUUCGAGGAGAGAGUCGGCCCGCUUUCUUUGAUUGCUCUGUACGUGUUCCUGACCCUUCUCAUAUACCUCAUCGCAGUCUAUCGCCGCGGGAAGCUCCGGGAGGAAGACAAUGAGCGAUUAGGUCGAAGUCGGGCCACUAUAGCCGAAAAGUCGAGGACAGUUUUACUCGUUAUUUCGCAUCCAGACGAUGAGUGUAUGUUCUUUUCGCCUUCCAUUCUGGCACUCAACUCCAAUCUCUAUACAUCUGUGCACAUUCUAUGCCUUUCUAAUGGAGACUACUAUGGACAGGGAGAUUUGAGAGAAAAGGAACUAAUUCUAAGCUGUGCAAUUCUUGGCAUCCCAUCAUGCAAUGUGACAGUGUUAAAUGAAAGUGAGCUACCAGAUGACCCCAAUGCAUUAUGGGAUGAGGAGCUUGUCAGCAAACUUGUUCUACAUCAGAUUGUCAAAUGUGAUGCUCAGAUAGUUCUUACAUUUGAUAAACAUGGUGUUUCAUCUCAUCCCAAUCAUAUAGCAGCCUACAAUGGUAUUAGAAAAUUGGUUGUUCAACGACAGCUUCCCUCGGGUGUUCGUGCCUUCUGCCUAGAAUCUAUUGGUAUAGUGAGAAAAUACUGUUCUUUCUUAGAGGUACCUAUAAGUUUCAUUCUAUGUGCAAUCAGAGGCAACAAGGUAUUGGUUUCUUCACCCUAUGGGGUUCUAAGAGCUCAGCGUGCAAUGAGAGCUCAUGCUUCUCAGUUUGUCUGGUUUCGUGUUCUUAAUAUGUUCUUCUCUCGUUAUUUCAUCAUCAACACCAUCAGAAGUCUCAAGAUCAAGGAAGAUUCUUGAAGCAAAUCAGCUUAUUGAAAUAGACAUAGAUACAGAGACAGAAAACAACUUUUUGGAGUAAUAUCGCUGAAGAUUGUGAAAUAAAGCCCAAGUUGCCCAAGAUUAAAGCAGAUGACAUGUCCAAGUUUUGAAAGUCCAUGAUAUAAAUAUUUCUAAUGCACACUUAUCCACUCCAAGGAGUGUUCAAGGCACCUCACAAUAUAAAUUCAACAUAACAGUGAAUUAGAAAAAUAUCAAAUCAUACGUUAAUAAGAAAUUACCCUCAGAUUCAUAAGGAGAGGGGGUUUAUUAGGGUACAUGUAUUUGACGAGACAUAAGAUAGGUUUUCAAGUUUUUUUUAAAUGACUGAAGAGAGGAUGAGAUUUGAACUGUAUAGGGAAGUGAGUUCCAUGAUGAUAUGACAUUUCUAGAGAAUGGAUAUGUCUCCAGAUUGAAAGUCUGGUGCUGUGCAAAUAUCCUUUGCAUAAACACGAAUGUACUUUUGCCACUGCAAAGGGGUAAGAAAGGAAUUCUUUUAAUACUGAGAGCACUAGCUUGAGUUGGUGUCUUCAUUGAGCUGAGAUAGUAUUGGUGCUAUAAAGUUUGUUGAGUGUCUUGCAUGGUUGAUUUGUGUACUUUAUUAAUGAACUUAAGCAGCUCAGAUUUACCCAGGCAUACGACAUAAGAAUUAUGAUUUUUUGAAAUGGGUUUUUGUUUUAUUUUUAUGUACUUCCAUGACAAAGUAAUCUAAGUUUAAAUCAAUAUUACAGUAUUGACAAGAAUCAGAUUUCAAAUCCUGUCUGUCUCCUUAUAUUUCUGAAGAAGUAAUGUUGAUAUUACACUAUUGAAUCUAUUAAUUGGCCAAGCUCAUGACUUUUUGACAUUUAGGGGUAUACUCUUACUAAACAGUGUUGUGCAGCUGUAGGGACAUUCUGUCAUUUAUGUGCAAUAUAUUUUAAAUGCAAAUAUGAAUGCCAAUUUAUUGUUAUGGUUGUCAUUUAGUUAUUUGAAAUUAAUACUGGCAAACUGUUGAUGUAAUUUUGGGGGAAGUGGGGAUGACUUAUCACAAUGAAACAUGAACCAUUUUCAGUUUAUUUUUAUUUUGGAACUGUAUUAAAUGUAUAAGGAAUGUUAUUUCAUUAGUAUUUGGUUAAAUAUUCAAAAUUGGAGAAUUUGCUGUUUAUUACACAGACAGCGUGCAUGAUGUAUUUAUUGGCAUCUUAAGAAACAAUGUACAUAUUUGGAGGGAGUUAAAAGCAAUGACAGAAUAAAAAAUUUAAGCAAUAAACAUUUCCUUGUAUUACAUUGAAAUAGUUAUUUUGAAAUGUAUAGUCCUAUAAUUACUAUUUUUGUGUAAGUGCGUUCUGCAUCGCAAGAAAUGUGCAAGUAUAAUGUUUACAUGUAUAAAGAUAUUCAUUUAGGAUAGGGUUUCGAAAAUGUAUGCUAAUGUAUAGGCAAAGCAAUGAUUAUAUUUCAAAGUUUUGUGAGACCUGCAUUGACAUUUAGGCCUGAAAAUUGUCUUUGCCCUUAUUCCACCGGCUGUAAAAUACCAAAAAAAGGGGUGGUAUUUUUUUUAGCAUACCCCCAAAUAUCAUGUACAAUGGUUUUGUCAGAUAUUGAAUAUUUGAUUUUGAUGGCGUAAUGAAUCAUUCCUUGCAUGAUUUUACAUGUAUUUGUGUAGCGCAGCAGAGAAGGUUAAAAAAAAAUUGCAGACCUUCCCAACUUUCUGAUUUUUGGCUUAUGAGGGCAACAUUGAAAUUAUUUAAGGCAAUACUCUUUCAAGAUUCAGUCAUAAUUGUUUGCUUGCUUUGGUCAAUACUUGUUUUAUUGCCUUAUAUUACAACUCUUUACAGAUUGAAAUAUUUGUUUCCUCCUAUUGGGGGUGAAUUUCGUUAAAUGCAAUGAUAUUCUUUGCUCAUUUUUGGUGCUUUAAGUAUUGCUUCCAAUUCAAUUAUUGGUACAAGUGUAUUGAAAUUGUCCAUUGUUGCUUCCAUGUUUUACCUAUCUGCCUCUUUCUUUGAUUUUAAUUGUGCUAUGUCUGAAUGAAAUGUUGAUUUGAUAUGUAGGCUGUUUGCAUUAUUGUAACAUUUAACAUGUAUUUUUUAGAAUUAUGAACUCUGCUGAUUGCAUUGUUAUUUAUAAGAAAGUGUACAUAAAUGUAAAUACAGGUGUAUAUUAAUUUAUUGUUUAUAAUAUUUCCCCAUUUUUAGAAAAUGUACUAGGUAACAGGGUUUUGUUAUUGAUCGUGAUUUUAGUAUCUAAAAUAUUUCUUUAUCUUUACCGAUGUGACGAGUUUGAUUUUACAUUGUGAAAAUUCUGUCCUUAGUCUCUACGUAUAUCUUUGCACACAUGAAUACUAUAUUCAUAUUCAUUAUUCUCAAUACUGGUAAUUGUCAUUUUAAUGAGCCACAAGUAAAUGUACAAUUCAGAUUGUAUUUUGAGGAUGUUCAUGAACAGAUAAAUAUGUUUUCAUUCAUAUUGUUUUCAGUAGCAUUUCAAUGUCAACAUUAACAUAUCUGAGUUAUGCUGGUGAAAACCGGUCGAAUUUGUUUUCAUUUUGGUUAUGAAAUGCAGUUUUACCUUUGUAAGUUCUUAACUCUUUGCUAUACACCUUCCCAUGAACCUAUUUGUUUUUCCUUAUCUGUAGUAUUAAUCACUUUUAUGAGAGUGUACUACUCUCUACAAAGUAUAAACAUAUUGUAUUACCAGAACUUGUCUGGUAUUGAUUCCCUCAAAGUGACAGAGUAUCAUCAUGAUGCAUAGAAAAGGAUCCACUCACAAAUAUGAAUCACAUUAAAACAAUUUUGAAGUGA